AUGGAUGUUCAGUAUUAUGGUGAGAUUGGUAUUGGAACUCCCUCUCAAAAGUUCACUGUGAUCUUUGUUACUGGAAGUUCUAAUCUAUGGGUGCCUUCUUCAAAGUGCUACUUUUCAGUUGCUUGCCUUUUUCACUCAAACUACAAGGCGGUCCAUUCAAGCACCUACAAGAAAAAUGGGAUAUCUGCUGCUAUUCAAUAUGGAACUGGAGCUAUCACUAGUAUCUUUAGCCAAGACUUUGUCCAACUUGGUGAUCUUAUUGUUAAAGAACACUUUGAUAUGGGUGAUGGCCUUAUUGGAGAUACAACUACUGGUAAUCUCAUGCUAUUCUUGUUUUCAAUUUCAGGAUUUUGCAGUGAUGGUUGUGCAACAAUUGCGGAUUCUAGAAUCUCUUUGUUGGCAAGUCCAACGGGCAAUGAUGUCCAUAUGCAAGCUGCUCCUUCACAAGCUGAAUUGUUGUAUAAGAAUUUUAAAGUAAACAAAGAGAAGCUAAAAUCUCAAGUGAAGGAGAAGUUGAAUAUGAUCGUGCUGGAAGAAUCAUCAAAGGCCAGAAAAUCAUUGCUUCCAACAAAGACCCUGAAUCUAGCAAAAAGCAUGAAGACAUCAAGCAACCAAGUCUCCUUCGAUUGCUGGAAAAACUAA